UGGCUACAGGUAUAAAAAUAAACUCUAUGAAGAUAAACAAAAACUCUGUUUCUAAUUUUUGAAGAUUAGGUAGAAAUCGAAAAGUGUCUUCAAGUUUCAGAGAGGUCAUAAGCUAUGGCGGCUGAGAAUUCUUCAAACGCCAUUGACGUCGACACGAGUCUCAAUUCCGAUUCAAAACCUAACCAUGAAGCUAAUGAUGUGACUAAUCAUGACUCUUCCAAAGCAUUGGUAAUCCCUUCUCCCGCCGUUUGUCUCGUACGUUUCGCCGGAGAUGCUGCUAGUGGCGCCUUCAUGGGCUCUAUAUUUGGCUAUGGUUCUGGAUUGUUUAAGAAGAAAGGAUUUAAGGGAUCAUUUGUGGAUGCGGGUCAGUCUGCAAAGACUUUUGCGGUUUUAUCUGGAGUACACAGUUUGGUUGUUUGCCUUCUGAAGCAAAUACGAGGGAAAGAUGACGCCAUAAAUGUUGGAGUUGCUGGGUGCUGUACCGGCCUUGCUCUUAGUUUCCCCGGUGCACCGCAAGCAAUGCUACAGAGUUGUCUUACUUUUGGUGCCUUCUCCUUCAUCCUUGAAGGGCUCAACAAAAGGCAAACGGCUUUGGCUCACUCUGUCUCGUUGAGACACCAAACCAGAAGUAUCCAACAUGAUUUACCGCUGCUCUCGUUGGCUCUCCCAGUCCAUGAUGAAAUCAAAGGAGCUUUCACUUCUUUCUGCAACUCCUUAACGAAACCCAAGAAGCUCAAAUUUCCUCGUGCUCGUUGAUUUUAUUCCUACUUCUUCUUAUGCCUGUUGUAGAUUUUGAAAACAGAUUUUGAAAAAUGGUUUUGCUGCAUGAGCCAAUGAGAAAAGAGGUGUGUUACCUUUAUUUGUUUU